CGACGACCCGUACGCCGUCUUGGCCGCUGCCUCAAAGAUGACAAGACAAGACAAGGGCAAGACGAAGAGGUGACAAACAACGAGAAGAAAAAAAAAACGAACUCUAGUGUGGCAUGGAUUGGUUUCCGACUCGAUCUCAGGAACAGUCGGUCGUUUCAGAAUUUCAAACUCGACCGCCAUGUCUUGUUCUCGGCCGCCCCCGCUCGCGCUCUCGAUCCUCCUCUCCCGCCUCCGCGCCUGCGGCUCCGCCCCGCACGCGCUGCAGUGCCACGCCCUGCUCCUCACCUCCGGCCACCUCGCCGCCUCCCCGCUCCGCCUCUCCAACCUCCUCCUCCUCGCGCUCGCGUCGGCCUCCGCGGCGGCCCACGCCGACGCCGUCUUCGCCCGCCUCCCGGGGGCCGCCUCCGGCCACGCCUUCCCCUGGAACACCCUCAUCCGCCUCCACGCCCCCGCGAGCCCCCGCAGGGCCCUCGCCUACUUCGCGCGCAUGCGCCGUGGCGCGGUGGACCCCGACGCCUACACCUUCCCCGCCGUGCUCAAGGCGUGCGGCUGCGCGCCCGGCUGCAGGGUCGGGCUUCUGGUGCACGCCGAGGCCGUGAGGAGGGGUCUGGAUCGCGACCUGUUCACGCGGAACGCGCUCGUCAGCUUCUACUGCAGGACCGGGGACUGCCGCUCCGGGCGGAGGGUGUUCGACGACGGCGCGCGGGACCUCGUUUCGUGGAACUCCAUGGUGGCGGGGUACGUCGGAUGCGGCGAGGUGGAGCUGGCGCAGGAGCUGUUCGACGAAAUGCCGCAUCGGGACGCCUUCUCCUGGGCCGCCAUGAUUGAUGCCUACGGGAAGCGGUCUGGAGGUGUGGACCGUGCGCGUGAGUUGUUUGAUCAAAUGCCUGAGAGGGAUCUGGUGUGCUGGAACUCGAUGAUCGAUGGCUAUGCUAGGCAGGGGAGGAUGGAUGAGGCGAGGAUGCUAUUCGAUGAGAUGCCUGAGAGGAAUGUGAUCUCGUGGAGUAUUGUUGUUGACGGGUAUGUCAGGUGUGGGGAGCCUUCAGAGGCUUUGGAACUUUUUCGAAGGAUGCUGAGGUGCGGUAUCAGACCUGAUAGGGUUGCUGCAGUUGGGGCUGUCACAGCCUGCGCACAGCUGGGAGCUCUGGAGCAAGGCAGGUGGCUGCACUCUUACUUGGAGAAGAAGAAGAUUUUAUUCGAUAUUGUGGUGAAGACAGCUCUGAUAGAUAUGUACAUGAAAUGUGGGCGCUUGGAUCUCGCCAUGUUGAUCUUUGAAAGCACGCCUGACAAGACCGUGGUUACUUGGAAUGUGAUGAUUGUUGGACUUGGAACUCAUAGCUGCGGACUUGAUGCUGUCAAGCUUUUCUGCCAAAUGGAGUCUGAAGGAGCACCAAUGGAUGAUCUUAGUGUGCUUGCCGUGCUGACUGCAUGCACACAUGCUGGGUUGAUCUCAGAGGGUUUACAGAUAUUUCAUAGAAUGAAGAAGGAUUUUGGGAUAGAUCCCAAGGUUGAACAUUAUGGUGCAUUGGUUGAUCUCCUUGGCCGUGCUGGACAUUUGGAUCAGGCUAGGCAUGCCAUAGAGACAAUGCCCAUGGAACCAACUCCAGAAUUAUGGGGAUCUCUGCUUGCUGCCUGCCGAAGUCAUAGGUGCGUCGAAUUGGCUGAGCUGUCGGUUGAACGCCUAGCAAGUCUUGGAGCUGACGACUCUGGAGUCUAUGUUCUUCUGUCCAAUAUCUAUGCGGAUGAAGGAAUGUGGGAUGGUGUCUCGAGGAUUAGGAGACUGAUGAGUGCUGAAGGGAUGAAGAAGGACAUUGGAAGGAGUGUGAUUGAGGCAGAUGGGCAAAUACACGAGUUUGUGAAUGGCGGCAGUUCACAUCCUGAUAAGGAUGAAAUUUACAUGAUGCUGUGGAAUUUAUCUAACAUGGUAGCAUCUGCUUGAUUGCUCUGUUGCACCGAAAUUGUGUUGAAUCCCUUGGUGUGAUGCCUGUUAGUUGAUUGAACAUUCUCGGCAUGAAAUGCUACAUGCUGGAUGAAGCUCUUGAAAACUCAUUGUCCCAGGGCUUCUUUCUGAAGCUGCUUGUCAUGACAAAUAUCUGCAAAUGAAAACAAAGUGUUUGGUUGGAGCUGUGGCUUAUUUCCCAGAGGACUUUGGAGAUAUUAACAUGAUCGAAAAUUGCACCUGGUAGUUAAUUACGCUAUUGGAAGAGCUACCUCCCAAGUUCUAUUGAUGAUAUAGCAGCCAAAUGGGUGCUUAGUUACUUGCACACUGGUCCAUGCCUUUCUUUGUAUUCAUUUUACUGGACUUAGUUGCAGACUGACUAAAAGGUUCCGAAACGCAGAGAUCUUGAGAUCCAUGGGGUGGUGGUCCAUUUUGCUUUCCUUGACUUACUUGCACGGAGCCAGUUUUAAUGGGUAAGAAACAGUUCGGGGCUACCAGUUGAUGAUCAUGGAGUUUUAAUAACGAUUUCAGGCUUGACCACAAGUUUGAUCUUAAUAAAAAGACUUUGAACCUCUGUUGAGUUGGUCUUUAACAUCCUCAGAAUGAAGAAAAGUGAAACUCAGGUUGAAGGCUGGCGUCAUCGAGAUAGUAUGCAGCAAGUCCAAUUGUCAAUGUCGCCAGCUAUUUCUGUCUACUCUCUACAUUAUUA